AUGACUCGAUUCCCACUGAUUGAACCUAAAUGCACGACCGAGAAGCCUCGUGGCAAGGCCAGUGGGCAACGUUCCCAUGCUGCGCGUAAGCUCAUUGCUGCUUGUCUUCGCCCCCGUUUCUACCCCCUCGCAAUGGUCAGGUCACAUAGGAAGACGAUCGUUUUGAAUGCCGCCCAAUACACUGUCGAAGUCCUCUCAUCCUGGGGAUACCUGUGUGUAAUCGUAGACGAGAUGGCGGCAUUCUUGCAUGACGUUGGCCCUGUCCCCAUGGGUGUCCAUCUCGUUAUCGUACCCUUAGUUCAGGAUCUGUCAGUUUCCGUCCAGGAGGAAGAAGAGAUGCUCAUUAAAUACGACCCAAUCCGCUUUCGAAUGAGGAAUUCGACCCUACACUACUACGAGCCCACCGUAUCGGCUCCAAAGAGGGACUACUGCCCUGUGAUGCUCAUACCGGUCGCGGGCCCGCCGGCGUUGGAGUACAGUCUAGCCAACACGGUCAGACUGGGCGAGCUACCAGUUAUAGAUGUAUUACCUCUGGCUGUUGGGAUGAUCAAGGACAUUUCUUCCAAGAAACCUUCGAAGCGCCUACGGCGAUUGCUUACCGACGUUCCCUUGCGUGGGCUACGUGCCCUUCCCGACAACUAUUGUCUUCAAGCCCUGCGAGUUUUCGAGCAGGUCGCGCAACUUUCCGAUCAGUUCUCUCAGCUCCUGCUGCCCUUUAUUAAUUUCUGCCGAGAACAAUGCCUGCUGCCAGCGCGGAACGGGGGUCUUACCACAGUGUCCUCAAAGGAUGAUUGGAUGAAUACCAAGGAACCCUUGACACAAACCCAUAAUACAAAUAAAUUGGAGCCACAUUCUCCAGCGACCAAAGUUGUCAAAUCCAGGAGCAAGCUAGCUCACCACAAGCACGUUGUUGUCUCUAAUGCCACCUGCGCCGUAGUGGACACCCUCCAGUCCAUCGAGAUAAUGUGCGUACUGGUUGGCUCAAUAGCAUGCUUCCAACACGGAACUGGAUCUACGCGUGGAGUCGUCGAAGUUGCCAUAAUACCUUCCGUCACGGGUAUACUGUCGAUUGACAAAGUCAUCGCUUUCCUCUGUAUCCAAGACCCCAACCGUUUCAGGGUUACAGAAGUCAAGAGGAAAGGACAAUCUACUGCGUUGUCUCAGUUCCGCUACUACGAACCGACUGUUCUCCCUCCGAAGAAGAAUUAUUGCCAAAUUGAUCUCAUCCCCGUCGCGAACCCCCCUCCGGUUCAAUAUUCCCGGCUUCAUACGGUUUGGAUCAACGACCUUCCUGUUCUCUCUAUCCUCCCCCUCGUUAUUGAAAAUAUUAGGCGUUGCCUUUCGGCCCCAGCUCAACAGCGAGGGAAGCACAUACGCGCCAUCCGGCCACUCCUGGCAUCAUGCGCAAGAAGCGCUCUCGACCCGGUUGACGAGGCAUUCCAUUCGGAGGCGAUUAACCUUUUUGAGCAGCUAGGGGAUUUGGACCCGCAGCUGAAGAAGGCGGUUUCUCCAUUAAUCAAGUUCUGCAGGGCUCCGAGCACCUCAUCAGUGGCGAACGACUUCGAGGAUUUAUCAGGCGAGCUAGCCUCUUUAGAAGUCGAGGAGGACACCGAUGAUGGGAAUUCUGAAGAGCAGAACAUGUCUCCAGGACUGGGAACUAUCCGAAACGAAGUCGACGACUCGGAGCAGGAAGCGGCGGCGUCAUCUUCCUCAGACCAGGUUCCGUCGUCGACGGGGAGUCCACCAACAUCCCGGUUCUCCCAUCCAAGAAGGGCCUCCACGGACUACACGAGGGACGAAGAGACCCGCAUUCAAGUCACUUGUCUUAUCGCGAAACGAGUAGUGGACAUUCUCCAUGCAAUCGGAGUUCCUUGUGCCUUGUUUGGGAGUUUGGCGAGCUAUUUGUACGGAAAUAGGCGCGCGCCAAACGACAUUGAUAUCCUCGUGUUCCUUCCCACGCAAUGGGUCAUGGACGCAGAGUCUCUAAAGGCCACGAUCCAGAGCUUCGAUCCCGUUCAUUUCAGCCUCGAAACACCGAGAGACCCGGAUGCGACCUUCCGCGUUCUCUACUUCAAGGUCGACUCUGGCCUCGCGCCUUCCCGCACCUUCAUAAAGGACAGAUGUAAAAUCGAUGUACUCCUUCCCGGAGUGAUGCACCUCCCGUCAUUGACUCCAUCGAUGAUCAAGGAACAAGGGGCGCUGCCAGUGGUUCCAUUCUCCGUCCAGCUUCUCCAAAAGCUGCAGGGAUGGGAUGACCACAGAAGGAUGGUCGACGAGCCGCAUAAAUACCAGAAACACCUGGUAGAUGCGGCAGAUGUCCUUGAAUUGCUGCGGUUGGAGCAUGUUGUCCCCAUGAGGUUUGCUAAACCAUGGCUCGAUCGCAAUUUGUUCUCUCAGGAGUUUAUGAAGCUCACUCUGGGGCGAGUGAAGGAUUUCUGCGACGUUCAUCCGACGAGCAGAGAGGAGUGGAAGAGAAUUGGGUUUUAG